AUGGCCCUGCAACUACUAAGCUGGAAUUGUAAUGGUCUCAAUUCCCCUCAGAAAAGGAAAUCUGUGUUUCAUUUAUUAAAAAAGGAACAAUUGGACUUGAUUUGCCUACAAGAAACACAUAUAACAAGAUUACACAGGAAACUAUUGAUAAAUAAAAGACUUGGUCAGGAGUUUAUUUCAUUGGACAAAGUUAAAAAAAGAGGGGUUGUGAUUUAUGCAAAGGACAGAUUAUCACCGAAAUUAAUUUUUAAAGAUGACCAAGGAAGAUUUGUGGCAAUUGAAAUUCAAACACAAGGAGAAAAAAUUUUGAUAGUAGGAAUUUACGCACCAAAUGAGGGGAAAUCUGAUUUUUUUAAGAAGUUGCAUGAGACUUUGAUGGACUAUUUGGAUUAUAACAUGAUUUUGAUGGGAGACAUGAAUGGAGUGGUAUCCACACAUAUGGGCAAGGCACAAAGACAGGUAGUCACCAAGGAUGGUAGACUACCGAAAACCUUUUUUGAGAUGACAGACAAUUUGGAUUUAGUUGAUAUCUGGAGAACAAGAAACCCCAUGGCUAAAGAGGGAACCUUCUUUUCUGAAGCCAAAAUGACAUGGACAAGAAUUGACCAAAUAUGGGUAACUAGAGGAAUGGCACCAAAGACAAGAAAGGCGGAAAUCUGCCCUAAAACUUGCUCCGACCAUAAUGCUGUUAAGAUGGAAAUGAAACUAACACCAACUGGCUCCUUCAGAUGGCGGAUGAAUGACACCUUAUUUAGAGACGAAGAAGUGUUAAAGAAGGCCCCAAAAACCUUGAGAGAUUAUUUUGAGAUAAACAUGAAUACCAACGUGGAAAAAAGAGUAAUCUGGGACGCAAGUAAAGCGGUUAUGAGAGGGUUUCUGAUACAACAGAAUGCAGUAAAGAAGAGAAUUCAAAAUGAGAAGAAGGAUAAGAUAUUGGAGAAAAUAAAGGAAAGUGAAAAAGAUUGA